AUGCAACCGGGAUCUGCCGUGACACUUGCUGAAUUCCAUGAAUGGUAUGACAACGAGCAUGUUCCGGUUAGGAUUGAACGGUUUGGGGCCUUUCGAUCUGCGGCUCGUUAUUGUGUUACGUCGAGUCGGUAUUUUUCGCAUGACCUGUGCGCCCGUGUAGCUGAUGUUCGUUGGGCUGCCUUCUAUACUGUUUCUUCCACCAUAACCUUUUCUGAUCCGAGCUAUGUUGCUCUUCGUUCACAACGUUCGCAGCGUGAAGCAGAGCUGUUCUCUCGGUUGUCGAUUAUAGACCGUAGGAUCUACAAACUCGAAUACGAUUCCGACUGGGAUGCUACUAUCACCACACCGCGCAUCAAGAUCGGACUGAGCGCACAAAAGAGCAAGGAUACAGGAGGAUAUCUAGUAGCAAACUCAGUAGAUGUAAGUACUGAGAGGCAGCAGAACUACAACGUCUGGUUUGACAAGGUACACGUUCCCAUGCUCAGCAGGCUCAGAGGAUGGAAGAGAAGCAGGAGGUUUAUAUUGAUAGAUAGCAGUGUCACAGGGAAAGAUGCCAAGGAUGCAGAUGCGCAAGGCAUACCGCGAACUUUAGGUUUGCACGAAUAUGAAGAAGAGCGGAUAGAAGAGACGGAGGAAUACAAGCAUGCCUGUUGGGCAGAAUGGAGUGAAAGUGUAGCGGCAAACAGCGACGAGAAUGUACUUAGAGGUGAGAGAAAGACUUGUACGCUCUACAAAGCCUGGGAUCCCAUCGCUGCGCUCCAGGAGGAGAAGCAAUCCAUGUAG